AUGCUUUAUGAAAGAACAGAAUUGCAAACCAUUUCUGAAGCCGUUCCUCUUGUAUCAUUAGUUUUACAGAAAGAUAUGAAGUACAUUUUUCAAGAAACUAUUAAGCUACUGGCAGUUUUAGUGAGGACAUCUAUGUCAACAUCCGAAGCUAAAAAAUACUUCUCUAUGUUAAAGAGGAUAAAAACAUUUGCACGAAAUUCAAUGAAAGAAGAAAGACCAAGCGCAUUGGGAUUGUUAUCAGCUGAAAAGGUGUUUCUCAACAACAUUGAAGACUUUACCAAACGAGUUAUUGACCUUUUCGCUAGUAAAACAGAACCAAGACUAGAUUUCCUAGUCGUGUUUUUUAAUGUCUUUUGGGUCAAAAUUUGGUCUUGGGGGGGGGGGGGGCGCCUGCGUGAUACACUGGCCUGGCACUACUUAUGUGCUAAAGCACGAGUCGCCACUGCAAUCUACUGUUAG